AUGUUCUACUGGCCCGGACUUGCAGAGGGCGUUGCGAAAGUGGUAAGAGAGUGCCUGAUAUGUGCCCGGACUCGAACGAGAGCUCGGCUGACGGACAACGUGCCGAAGGGGAGUCUGGAGAAUCCGAGCGCGAUGGACACAGUAAGCCUGGAUCACGUAGGACCCAUGCAGCUAGAUGGGCAGAGUUGGUGGCUCUUGGUUGUAAUGGACCACGCGACGCGGUACAUGGGAGCGUGGAUAACGAGCACGGUCACAGCUGCGCAGACGGCUCACAUCUUCUUGCGGGGCUGGGUGACACCGUUCGGCAUUCCGGGAGUGGUCCUAACGGACAACGGCACGAGCUUCAGGGCGUUCCAUGAGACGGUGGCUAGCGCGUUGGGCUGCGUCCAUCUGACGACGGCAACGUAUAGGCCGCAAGGGAACGGCAUCAACGAAGCCUCCCACAAGGCGCUCAGAAGCGGGUUCUGUGGCAAGAAGGACACCGCGACCUGGAUGCGUGAGAGAUUGCAAAAGGCCAUGCUCACAGACAGGCCGCUCGAGGAGUCGGGCGCGGAUGACCUAUGGGUAGUAGUCUCGAUGGAGCCAGUCACAGGCAGACGCCAGGGAGGACCGAACACACCCACCUGGGCGCACACCGCGUGGUCGCUACCAAUGAGGAAGGAUAACAGAGUUGAGAAAAACACAGGUAGUGACAGAAACAUGCGACGGGGUGGACGGUCACGGCGCACAAGGACCAAGUGA